CUUGGGACUGGACUGGACGACGCUGUCGUUGUUGUCCUCUAGGGACUGUGGCCUGGGACGCGUACAGCGCGGGCAUAGAAAACCAAAAUCUUAUCCAGGUACAACUGGCGUGCGCGCCAAUCAUGGCGAGAUGGGCUGUGGGAGACAGCAGGGACCCCUUUAGGUCUAUGGGCAACCGCUCUUCAGGUGUUGGAACGCGGUCGCGUUCGGCCAAAGUUUCUGUAUCGCAGGGGCAAAUACACGCCACAUCCCAAAGGGCGGUCGGUGUGGCAACCCUUGACGUCUUUCAGUUCAUGGGCAACGCAUACGAGGGCAUGGGGUCUUCGAGGUUACAGCAAGGAACCCCGGAACAUCGGAGAGCUAGCGAUAUUUCCAGAUCCAUCGCUCGCCGGUCCGCACGAUCUUCCUCACCAUCGAGCGAUAGCGAUUCCAGCACAGCGUCAUACCAUACUGCACCUCUGUCAACUCCACCACCCUCACCCCCGCGCCAGCGCCAGCGACAACUGUACUCUGCGGACGUAACAGCCACUUCAUCCCAUGGAGCCAAGCCAUCUUCGCAUAGACCUAUUCUUCUCCCCAAACCAUCAGCCUCAAGAGGAAAGAGGCCAGCUCAAGCCUUAGCUGUACCCGUCAAGCCAGAACACGAUGACAGUACAAACCCAUUUGAAGGCGCCUCCACGAGAAGCUCGACGUCCCGCUUUUCGAAUCAGCUAGCGUUGAAUACUCCGCCACCUUCCACCAAGCAGACUUUUAUUGGAUAUAACCCUAGCACCGGAACGCUCAUCAAGCAAGAGCCUGGAAGUGAAGACGAAUUUCCGCCGAGUCCAACUCGAGUCCCUGUCAGGAGGACUGCUGCACCUGUGAAACGAGAACAAGAAGCCCCUCUUAGGACCCCGCUUUUCCUUCCACCUCCAAGUCGCAAGCUCCAUCCUUCCGUCAAGUUUGAGAAUGUCAAUGUACCGUCCACCUCAAAGCUGGAACCAACUUCGUCUACCAGUACACCGAAAAGGCGAGGGUUUCUUGCCACCGGUACGACGUUCCCAAAUGGUCUCGCCACUCCGGAAUCGUCUCCGGUGAAGCAAGCUCCAGCCUCUCGGCCCCGCUCAAGUGAUACCGACAACAUGAAGCAAGAAGACACUAAUGUCGAUCCUUCUAGUUCUGAACCUGAAACCCAGAAGACGAGUGCGAAGAAGGUUCGAGGGCCAUUCCAACCCUUCAGCGUCAGGCCUCUGAAGGUUGCUCGCCUCAAAGCGAAGCAGAAGACCGAGGACGGCAAUCUCACGGUUGAAUAUUGCACCGACAACGGCCACACAUUGAAGUGGUUCCAGCAGCUUGACUUCCAAGAUAUAGUUGCGGAAACCCUCGCACGCGAACGGAUGCGCCUCGACAAGGAUGAUGAUCUGCUAAAAGACGUCGCUCAGGGCAAGAUCUUGAACUACCACAUGGGGCUUGGGAAAACGCACGUUGCACUGGCAGUGGUGGCGGAAAGUCUCAGACAGCUGCAAAUGGUUUGCAGCCGACAGCGAAAGGCAAUGGGUCGGAAGCCGGUGCUGGUUUGUGCCGAAAAGUCGCUCCAUGAGCACUGGAGAGAGCACGCCAUCGCGCUUUUCAACUUCAAAGUGUUCGUAUACACCAGCGGAAGCCAGCGCAUACCGGAGGAUGCUGACAUUGUGAUUUCUACCAUCAACAUGAUUGGAAACCACCACAAGUCUGCCUAUUUCGAGAACCAACCUCAUAAAGCGCAUAUGACUCAGAUACACUGGUUCUACGUCAUCGUCGAUGAAUUCCAGAAUCAUAACAACCCGGAAACGCUUGGCGCCCGUGCGUUACUACGCCUCGAGAAGGACCAUGUCCUCUUGUUGAGUGGAACGCCUGCCGGGAACAGUCUCAAUGAUCUCCAGGUUCCAUUGGCUCUCCUCCAGCAUCCAUCCAAGCGCCCGGACUUCAGGCGAAGGGAAUACGAAGCCUACCACUCGGGAAAGAAGAACAGGAAUCCGCGUGCAGAGCAUGUCGUUACAUAUCACAAUCUUGAAAACGAUGUUCUCAUCGACUUGGUCUUCAUCAGACGACUGGAUGAAGAUAAGGAUUUACCUCCUCGUACCAAUCUUGUCAUCAAGAUUCCGUUCACUGAGGAAGAGAGAAAAGCCUACGAUACAGUGAAGGACAAGGUGGCGGGGCUACCUCGCUUGAUGCGAUGGCGACAAGGUUGUCUGCAUCCCCAACUCUUGGUUCGGGCUGGGAUUCUUACGCCGCCUGGCAAGACCAAAUCUGAAUCGGAGGUGGACAUGGACGUUGUGGAUGAGGUGAAGGACGAGAUGGAUAUGGACAUCGACGAUGAUAUUGUUCCCUACAUCCACGCGAAACAGGAGACCAGUGAGGAGGAUAAUGUGUACAGCGACAAGUACCUUUCCGGAAAGUUCAAGGUGGUACUCAACCUCCUCAGGAAGAUCAUAGGGGCGAGGGAGAAGGUCGUCAUUUUCUCCUCUUACGUGACCCUACUGGAACUUCUCGGUGAAUGCCUUGACGCCCGUAGAAUCAAAUUCAUUGAAUUCAAUGGAAAGAAGAGCACGCAUGAGCGAACCGGAGCGUUGGACGUCAUUGCUAAUGACCCGAGAUGCCAUGUCAUGUUGAUCUCCCUCAAGGCCGGGAGUGUCGGGCUUGAUAUUACCAGCUGCAACAAUGUCAUCCUCAUGGACCCUUGGUGGAAUCCCUUCGUCGAAGAACAAGCUAUCUCUCGUGUCCAUCGUUUUGGCCAGACUCGACCCGUCACUGUAUAUCGAAUCAUCACUCCUGAUACGAUUGAGCCUAGGAUUCAGGAGAUUCAGCAAGAGAAACGGACCCAGGUUGAAGCAUAUCUGGAUAUGUGUGCGGCGAUUACGAAGCAGAGGGAUGCUGUUCGUCUGGGAUAGACGUUGGCUUUGAUUGCCUUGGUGGUGGUGGAGGAGGAGGAGUUGAACGUUGAGUACUGAGUUAUAGUGUAUUUGUAUUUUGUGAUUCGGUUUUCUACCUUUGAUUUUUGAAUGUCGAGAUCUCGACCUUGGACUACCUACUACGACGCAAUUGUACAGUAUAAUAUGGAUACCUUUAUUGCGAGC